AUGUCGAGCCCCAGCGAAUUGAAGGCGAAGAUGGAGUACAGGUACUUGGGCAACAGCGGCCUUCGCGUGUCGGUCCUCAGCUUUGGCGCGUGGGUCAACUGGAACACCAAGACCGAAGACCUCGCCUACGAGUGUACCAAGGCUGCGUUGGACGCUGGCUGCAACUUCCUCGACAAUGCGGAGGUGUACUGCGCCGGCGAGGCCGAGAUCUGCAUGGGCCAGGUGCUCAAGCGCCUCAACGUGCCCCGCUCUGAGCUCGUCAUCUCCACCAAGGUCUUCUGGGGCGGCCCCGGCGUCAACGAGCGCGGACUGUCGCGCAAGCACAUCAUCGAGGGCACCUAUGCCUCGCUCAAGCGUCUCCAGCUCGAUUAUGUCGAUCUCUUGUUCUGCCACCGCCCCGACGAGCACACGCCUAUUGAGGAGAUUGUGAGGUCGAUGAACUUUCUCAUCAACCAGGGCAAGACCUUCUACUGGGGCACGUCUGAGUGGAGGGCCGAGCAGUUGAGGGAGGCCUACCACAUCGCGCAUCGGUUGAACCUCAUCCCGCCUAUCAUGGAGCAGCCCCAGUACAACAUGCUCCACCGCACCCGCGUCGAGAAGGAGUACGGUAAGCUGUACUCGGAGAUCGGACUGGGCACGACGAUCUGGUCGCCGCUGGCGUCGGGCCUGCUGACGGGCAAGUACACCAAGGAUGCGUUCCCGGAGGGCUCGCGCCUGGCCGACGGCAGCUUCGAGGGCAAGACCAAGUUCCUCCGCGACGGCCUCCUCUCCGGCAAGGGCCUCAACGGCCUGGAGACCACCGAUCUGGACAGGAUCCUGGAGAUCGUGGACGACCUGAAGCCGAUCGCCGAGAAGCUGGGCUGCACCCUGCCCCAGCUCGCCAUCGCCUGGUGUGCGAAGAACCCGCACGUGUCGACGGUGAUCACGGGCGCCUCCAGGGCCGAGCAGGUCCACGAGAACUUCAAGGCCCUCGACGUGCUCCCCAAGCUCACCCCCGCCGUCCUCGACGAAAUCGAGAAGGUGCUGAGGAACAAGCCCGAAGAAUACCGUGACUUCCGGGCCUGA